AUGGAAUUCCUCCAGAUGUUCUUCCUGGUGCUCUACAGCUUGGCCUUCCUCACUGGGGCGCCAUGCCGUGUGGAGAGAACUGCCAGCACCGUGUGGCUCCUGAACCGGACCGUGUCCGAUUUCAUCUUCAUCCUCUCCCUGCCCCUCAGAUUUGUCUUUAUCUACUUCCUGCAUGUGGACUGGGCCAGGAGGCUGAGCAGCACCAUCACCUCCCUGCACAUGUUCUCCAGUGCCUUCCUCCUCACGGCCAUCAGCGUCCAUCGCUGCGUCCUCGUGGCUCGGCCUGAGUGGGCCCAGAAAUGCUGCACGGCCUCCCUGGCCUCCUGGGUGGCUCUGGGCACAUGGGCCCUUUCUGCUGGGUUCAGCUUGAGGUACAAUGACCUCUGGGAAUCCCUCUUCCCACCUGCCAGCACCAACAUGAAUUUCCAAGUGGAUCCAGGGAGUGCGAAAGUCGCUGUUGCCCUACAGUUCCUGGCUGCGUUUCUGAUCCCGUUAGCCUUGAGCCUGAUCCCAGCCCUCUGCAUCGAUCACACUAUCAGGUUGGGAAGGAACCGGAUGAUCCAGGCCACCCAGCCGCUCAACAAUCUUCUUUGCUUGAUCCCGAUCUUUUUCCUCUUCUGGUUGCCGUAUCACGUCUUCUUCUUUCUGUGGAUUUCAGCUCCGUACUUUGUGCCUUUCAAAGACACUGAUAGCACUUUGGCUUCUGUCCUGGCUCCAGCGUAUUUCUACAGCUGUGUCAGUCCUAUCUUCUACCUCGCCACGGAGGAAGAGUUUCUGAAGUACCGGCAAAGUACCUGUAACUCUCACAUCACAGACCACGCAGGACCAGAACCAGGCAAUCAGCCCCUUCCUCCACCUCCCCCUUCAUGA